AUGGACCGUGGAGUAAACAUAAUCGACUUCUGCACAGGAACUGGUUGUAUACCUCUUGGAGUUUUCUCAUCCCUCCAGCACUCGGUUGACAACUUGACCGUGCGAGGAGUGGAUGUUUCGCCUGUAGCCAUCCGGCUCGCACAGGAGAACAUCGCACGAAACGUCAGGCUUGGAACUUUGAUCAAGCCUACAAAACACAAGCGGCUUGACAUCACAAGAGCAAAUGUUUUCAGUGAUGGCGACAUGCAGCAGCUCGCCGUUACCCCCUGGGACAUUAUCGUUUCUAAUCCUCCAUAUAUAUCAGAAGAUAUCUGGCGUCAUGGCUGUGGGCAACUCGGAUAUUCAGUCCGAAAAUAUGAACCGCGCCUCGCAUUGGUUCCUGACAAGGACCUCCCUUGCACUAGUAAAUGCAACCCAGCAGACGUUUUCUACGCACGGCUUUUGGACAUUACAGAACUCUUGAAGCCUAGGGUGGUACUGUUCGAAAUCGGCGACGAUCAGCAGGCCCGUCGUGUGUUGCAGCUGUACUUCAACCACCCAAUUGCCCAAAAGUCAAGGACUGAAAUUUGGCGUGACUUGCCUGAUUUCGAGGGAGCCAGAGGCACAGAGAUCGUCUUGCAUCUCAAUGAACAGAAGGAAGAAUGCCGAGUUCCGGUGAAAGGCGAUGGCCUUAUACGAUCCAUUCUAAUUCACAACCUGGAAUGGGCAGAGCGAUAG